AUGUUUGCUAUUUUGUGUUGUUGUUCUUCAACAGGUAUGAAGUAUUCAGGUCGCUGGCAUACUGAAGGACAGACAGAAAACAUUGUGGCAGUGGGUGUCUAUUAUUUAUAUGUUGAUUCUGAGCUCGAAGGAGGCACCCUUAAAUUUCGUCCGAAAAAAGCCCCUCAACAUUCAUAUGAUGGGAUUACAACUGAUUUUGAAGUUGCUUCGAUUUGUACUGGCACAGCUAUAGUGUUUUCGAAUGCAAUGCCCCAUCGUUUUCGACAAAUCCGCAAUCUAACUGCAGAUGAUGGUCGUCAUCGAAUAUUUUUGAAUUUUUUUAUUGUGGAUCCUGAUCAAAAGAUCAAUCUCGAACUAACUAACAUCGUUUUGGCACCGAUGGAUAUGAUUCGAAGCAUAUUACAACAAUGGAAUGAAGGGCAAAUACCUGCUUUAGUCUUGGAUAAAAUUAUGCAAAUAUUACAAAUAUCAUCACCGUGGCAAACAAAAGAUGAAGCCAAAGUAUUUCGAACUCUUGUGAGAAAAGCAAUGAUGGAAGAAAAAAGUGGAUGGGGAUGGAUUUGUUGGGGCAAUUGUGGAACAACGGAGUUUGUUCGUGCACUCUGUGCUUGGAGUGUACGAGAGAGACAGGAGAUGAGAGGAGACUUGCAUCAUACUGAAUCGGAUUCAUAA